ACCAAAGACAGCAACGUCUGCUUAAAUUCUUCGCCCAAAGGCCCAACACGAACCACAUGGCUUGAGUUUCAUGAUGAGUUGUGCCCAAAGUCGAGCAGGGCUGCCGAGUACCGAACGUUUCAAGAGGUCGCAUUGUGCACUCCACUAACACAAUACGACAGCCCAAGCAGUGAUCGCUACGUAUCUAGGUAGCCAGCACUAACGUUGUAAGCGUGUCCGCAGCAGACGUCACCGUGCACGCGACCCUUCCUCCACCCUGCCUAGGCCCUACGUAGCUCUGGCCAUCUCCAGCUGUCCAUGGCGGGCAGAGUGUCGACGUCUCCGUUGUCCACGAUCCACGAUUUGUCCACAACAUCCAUCUUGAUGACGGUGGCUCUGGGACGCUGCUACGAACAGGCCACCGAGGCCAUAUCCAAACCUUGAUAUCUUCCAUUCUCAACCUUCUUUUUCUCCUAUUGACUUUCACCAUCUUUUGCCCUUCGCCAUCCCUGGCCAAUCUUCAUUCGGGGAGCUACCCGUAAUUAACUGCAGCGAGCUCUUCCUCCAUCAAACAACCCUACUGGGUAGCGAUCCUCUCUGCGACAGAUCCGAGCCCUUCUUUAUCUUGACCACCCCUCGUCCCCCUUCUUGGAAAAUCACGAUAUCGCCGCGACAACAGACGGCGACCUGAUUAGUCCGCCAAAGCAUCAUACCUCAGCAAGCCAUCAACAUGGUUUCCCUAUGGCCAUGGAAGAAGGAGGACUCCUCUCCAGCUUCGUUCGAAAAGGCACUUUCGGCCCUCUCAGGAAGGAUCACAGUCACGCAGACCAGACUCGAUAAUGUCCGAUCGACCGCGCGACGAGUAAAGGGCCUUGCGACCCUUUAUCUCGGUUUCGCCUACCUCGUCUACGCCAUCGUUGCACUUCUUGUCAUCGGAUGGAAAAACAUGGGUCCCCAGGAAUGGACAGGAAUGGCCGGCGGCCCCGUGAUCAUCUACCUCGUUCGCACUCUAUCGACCAUGUUCUUCGACUACCGGAUCAACGGCCUCAAUGCGAAACUUGAGUACCUCCAGACCGAGCGAGCCAAGACCAUUCAGAAACUCAAGGACGCGACACGGUACGACUCCACCCUCGAACUGCUCGAGAAGUACGGCGGACCGGAGAACAAGAUCAGGAGGCGUGCCAGUAAGAAGGGUGGCGACGAUGACAACGACGAGGAUGGCGCCCAAAGGUCCAAGAAGUCUCAGGGCAGACACGCAAACCGCAUCCACAUCGCGCCGCCUCCUACUGCCAACAUCCAGCGCCCCGGCGCCGUCGGUCCCAACAUGCCGCAACCCGGUGCUCCUCCCCGUGGCCAACAAUUAGCUCCCUCGCCUAUGCCUCCUCACGGCCCGGAGCCGUCCGCCGAGUUCGCCCCGAACGCUUUUGAAACCAACCCUCGCGCGUCCCCCGCUCCACCGCACGCCCAAUACCCACUCGCCGCGGCCGCCAUGGCGGCGCCCACGGAAUCACACUGGUACGACCGCAUUCUCGACACGCUCAUCGGCGAGGACGAGACCGCGGCCAAGAACAGGAUUGUCCUCAUCUGCAAGAAGUGCCGGCUGGUCAACGGACAGGCCCCUCCCGGGACGAAGAGCCUGUCUGAGAUUGGCAAGUGGAAGUGUAUGUCCUGCGGGGCUGUCAACGGCGAGAUGGACGAGGGAAAGAGGAUCGUGAGGGAAGUGAUUGGUGGAGGUAGAAGUGAAGAAUCUCUUGUCCACUCUCAGUCCGGUGACGAUGCGACUAGCUUGGGCAGUUUCGGAGAGGAGUUUGCUGAUGAGGAGUUGGUGGAUCGUAGCGAGGCUGCGGAGAGCGACAAGGUGCAGGAGCGUCCGGAAAAGAGGCUCAAGACGGAGGGCAGCAAGUGAAAGGUUACAUAUCGUGUAGGAGGACUGCCGCGCUGCACACUUUUCUUUUGUGUCAUUUUGGUUUCCGUUCAUCCAUCGCUGGGCGGUAUGAUUGGGUUGUAAGCUGUGUUUUUAGCAGGUGUUGCGUUGGUACCGCGCCAUCUGGUAUUCGUUCCGUAAAAGCAUCUGGGGCUGGAGUCUAACAGGGAAUCGAAACUGCUUUACAAUUGGCAUGGGUUUGGGGCUUGCCUUCCUUCCCUUUCUCGUUCAUAAACUCUAUUCUUGGGACCAAAAGAAAAUGGAUGCCUUUGGAUGUCCGAAGUCCAAGUGACGCCGUUGCCUUUGUCUGCACAAAAUCUACAAGUUCAACACCGCGAAUAGAAUGGAAGUUACUCGCUACCUAUUGGUAGUUUGUGAAUAGUUCUGACGCGAGACUUGUCACAUAUGAAUCGGUGUGACCAGAGAUUUUUUUUGGUUAUAAUGAGCUUCUUUGAUA